AUGCCUCUAGCCACUUCUUCACUGGCAGGCGAGCAGCGUGAGGUGGCAGGCGAGCAGCGUGAGGUGGUAGGCGAGCAGCGUGAGGUGGUAGGCGAGCAGCGUGAGGUGGUAGGCGAGCAGCGUGAGGUGGUAGGCGAGCAGCGUGAGGUGGUAGGCGAGCAGCGUGAGGUGGCAGGCGAGCAGCGUGAGGUGGUAGGCGAGCAGCGUGAGGUGGUAGGCGAGCAGCGUGAGGUGGCAGGCGAGCAGCGUGAGGUGGUAGGCGAGCAGCGUGAGGUAGUAGGCGAGCAGCGUGAGGUGGCAGGCGAGCAGCGUGAGGUGGCAGGCGAGCAGCGUGAGGUGGCAGGCGAGCAGCGUGAGGUGGUAGGCGAGCAGCGUGAGGUGGCAGGCGAGCAGCGUGAGGUGGCAGGCGAGCAGCGUGAGGUGGCAGGCGAGCAGCGUGAGGUGGCAGGCGAGCAGCGUGAGGUGGCAGGCGAGCAGCGUGAGGUGGUAGGCGAGCAGCGUGAGGUGGUAGGCGAGCAGCGUGAGGUGGCAGGCGAGCAGCGUGAGGUGGUAGGCGAGCAGCGUGAGGUGGUAGGCGAGCAGCGUGAGGUGGUAGGCGAGCAGCGUGAGGUGGUAGGCGAGCAGCGUGAGGUGGCAGGCGAGCAGCGUGAGGUGGUAGGCGAGCAGCGUGAGGUGGUAGGCGAGCAGCGUGAGGUGGUAGGCGAGCAGCGUGAGGUGGUAGGCGAGCAGCGUGAGGUGGUAGGCGAGCAGCGUGAGGUGGCAGGCGAGCAGCGUGAGGUGGCAGGCGAGCAGCGUGAGGUGGCAGGCGAGCAGCGUGAGGUGGCAGGCGAGCAGCGUGAGGUGGUAGGCGAGCAGCGUGAGGUGGUAGGCGAGCAGCGUGAGGUGGCAGGCGAGCAGCGUGAGGUGGCAGGCGAGCAGCGUGAGGUGGCAGGCGAGCAGCGUGAGGUGGCAGGCGAGCAGCGUGAGGUGGCAGGCGAGCAGCGUGAGGUGGCAGGCGAGCAGCGUGAGGUGGCAGGCGAGCAGCGUGAGGUGGCAGGCGAGCAGCGUGAGGUGGCAGGUGAGCAGCGUGAGGUGGCAGGCGAGCAGCGUGAGGUGGCAGGCGAGCAGCGUGAGGUGGCAGGCGAGCAGCGUGAGGUGGCAGGCGAGCAGCGUGAGGUGGCAGGCGAGCAGCGUGAGGUGGCAGGCGAGCAGCCGUACCUGCUUGGGCAGCGGAUCGCAGCAUGA